GUUGGUGACGUCAAAAGCUCGGAUACAGGAACACAAUCAGUCGUAACUGCAAGAUGCGGUCCCUCGUAUUAACAGUGGCCAGUUUUGCUCUAACUGGUUUCGUUGUAGGAAAUGCAUACUAUCAAAAGAAACAGUUUUAUCCCUCCGUGGUGUAUAUUACCAAGUCGAAUCCGAGAGUGCUCUACAUUCAGGCCUUUGUGUUUGUAAUACUCAUGGGCAAACUUAUGAGAAAGAUAUUUUUCGGUCAGCUAAGAGCAGCAGAAAUGGAGCAUCUCAUAGAGAGGUCCUGGUAUGCUGUCACAGAAACUUGCCUGGCCUUUACAGUGUUCAGGGAUGACUUCAGUCCACGUUUUGUGGCCAUGUUUACCUUACUCUUGUUUCUAAAGUGCUUCCAUUGGCUGGCAGAGGAUAGGGUUGAUUAUAUGGAAAGAAGCCCUGUAAUAUCUAUAUUGUUUCACUGUCGAGUAUUAUCACUUUUGUCGUUUCUUGGUGUUUUGGAUGUUUACUUCAUAAAUCAUGCUUACUACAGCACCUUGUUGAAGGGAGCAUCUGUGCAGUUGGUGUUUGGAUUUGAGUAUGCAAUCCUACUGACAGUAGUGUUGAUGACCUUCAUGAAAUACGUACUGCACACAGUAGAUCUACAGAGUGAGAACCCUUGGGAGAACAAAGCUGUGUAUCUCUUAUAUACAGAGCUUAUCAUGGGGUUCAUUCGAGUCAUGCUGUACAUAGUGUUUAUGGCAAUUAUGAUUAAGGUGCACACCUUCCCAUUAUUUGCCAUCAGACCGAUGUACCUUUCACUCAGGUCUUUCAAGAAGGCGUUUCACGAUGUGAUAAUGUCUCGGAGAGCCAUAAGAAAUAUGAACACAUUGUACCCAGAUGCAACUCCAGAGGAACUAGAAGCUGGGGACAAUGUGUGUAUUAUUUGUCGAGAAGAGAUGGUUACAUCUUCCAAAAAACUGCCUUGUAAUCACAUCUUCCACACCAACUGUCUGAGAUCCUGGUUCCAGCGACAACAGACCUGCCCAACCUGCAGGAUGGACGUGUUGCGAAUGCCCCGUCCACAGCCAACUCCUGCAGCCAGGCCACCUCAACCCGAGCAGGAUGUCCAGAUGCAGAAUUUUCAAGCCAUGUUUCAAGGGAUGCCUUUUUGGCCCCCUCCACAGCUUCCAGCCCAACAACCACAAGCAGCAGGAGGGGCCCCAAACACUACAGGUACAACUCCUUCGACACCUACUACACCCACAACUCCAACAGCUUCUACAGCAACAAGUACAGCCCCGGGCACUCCACCAUCACCAUUCCCUGGUGCCAUGCCCCCAUAUGGUUCCUUCUUUCCUAUGAUGCCAUACUACCCUCCCUUUGGCUUUCCACAAGCUCCGUCUAACAUGACUGGGUUGUCUACAGAGGAGCUCAAGAUGAUGGAGGGCCAGGAGCGAGAGAAUGUGGAGGCACGGAUUCAGUGGUUACGUGAUAUACAGGCACUACUGGAUGGUGCUAUGGUUCUUAUAAACCAGUAUAACCAAGUGGCUUCACAGAUGAGCUUAAUUUGUGAAAAUUACAUCUUUAUCUCAGCAGCAGGAGGGGCCCCAAACACUACAGGUACGACUCCUUCGACACCUACUACACCCACAACUCCAACAGCUUCUACAGCAACAAGUACAGCCCCGGGCACUCCACCAUCACCAUUCCCUGGUGCCAUGCCCCCAUAUGGUUCCUUCUUUCCUAUGAUGCCAUACUACCCUCCCUUCGGCUUUCCGCAAGCUCCGUCUAACAUGACUGGGUUGUCUACAGAGGAGCUCAAGAUGAUGGAGGGCCAGGAGCGAGAGAAUGUGGAGGCACGGAUUCAGUGGUUACGUGAUAUACAGGCACUACUGGAUGGUGCUAUGGUUCUUAUAAACCAGUAUAACCAAGUGGCUUCACAGAUGAGCAUGCCAGGCAUCUCUUCUACAAGAGUGAACUCCCCCACAGCCACUACUCCAUCUUCGUCGACAACAUCGACGCCAUCAGUGGGAGCAAGGCCAAAAACUACAGUGAAGUCUGAGAGCAAUAUUUCAAAAUCAGAAGCACAUUUUACACAAGUUAAGAAAGAUGAUAAAACAGAUUAUUCCGAUUUAGAAGGUGCAAUAGGUUAUACACCUCCAACAGAGGAAGAGAUUCCUCAGUGGGUGGACCCAGCAUAAAGAAGAGCAUGCCGAUGAGCUUCAUGACGUCAGGAAGAGGAGGUUAAAAAAGUUUUCUCAAAACGAGAACAAGGAUAAGGAUAACCUAGAUCUGGACUAAAAUCCCUUAUAACGUGAAUGGGUGUGACUCAAAACUUGUGUAGUAGUUGCAGUGUUGUCUCAAGCAGACACAGUUAUGCCAGUGGAUAUCUUGUUGAUGAUAUCUUCAAAGAUGAACUCGGUAAUGGGUGUCGUGUCUCCAGGAUGCAUUACAUAGUAGCAAGAGAUUUCUUCUUGAUACAAAGAAGCAGGUAUUGUCCAACCUUUCAACCCUCCAACUUUCUUAAAGGGGAGAUUGGGUUGGAUUAUUUGGCAGUCCCAGUAAGUUAUACUUCAGUACCACAAAUCCUACUUUGCAAGUUGAUAUUUAAAGACAUAUAUGAAUUUCUCAGUUUAUGAUUUCACUAAUUAAAAUGUCUCAGAAUCAAAUGUGUUAAUUUACAACACAAACAUGAAAUUUUUAUGGAUGACAACAUCUUCAUCAUCUUCAUUAUUGUUUGUAGGAAUGUUUCAUUUCGGCCUCUUAACCCUUGAUGUGAAUGAAGUUCAAGAUGUAGCCCUGAAAUACAGUUACAACUGAUAAAGAUGUUUUUGUCAUAAG